AUGUCGACCGAUCCAUUUGAUGCUCUGCUCGAAUUGGAGAAUGACUACUAUCAAGAAGGCUACGAAGAAGGUGUCGCUGACAGCACUUAUGCCGGCAUGAUUGAAGGCAAGGUGUUUGGGAUUGAGAAGGGGUACGAAAAGGCCCUGGAGCUCGGCAAACUACAUGGCCGUGCCCUUGUCUGGCAAGCCAGGUUCUCCGAACCCAAAUCAUCGAGUCAGAACGCGGAGGAGGCUGCCAACGACGAGGUCUCAAAAUCAGCCGCAGUUGAGGACCUAGGCAAGCUGGUCCAAACCGUUCGAAUGCUUGCCCCAAUUUCCAAGAACACCCGGCUGCGAAAGCACGUUGAGACCCUGCAUGUGGCCUCCGACGGCAGGACCGUGGCCAGAAGCAACUCGGACGAAGCGGUCACCGAGUUCGACGACCGCAUUGCAAAGGCCAAUGCCAAGGCUAAGGUCAUUUCCAACAUCCUUGGGGAGUCACUGAAUCCGACCACAAGCGUCAACGGAGGCAUAGAAGACGCUACAGGGCUGCAAGCACGGCAUUGA